GGUCGGGAAGGUGCUGGGCAGUCCAGAAGAAGGGAGGUGGUCAGAGGAGGGAAGCCCAGCCAGGGGAGGCUGAAGAAGGGCGAGAGUCACAAAAUAAAUAACACGUGAAAGAUCAUGGAAAAGCGAAAGACAUUUUUACAAGCUGUAUCAAAGGAAUUUGUUGAAGACUUUUUGCAAUUUGUUCAACUUGAUAGAGAUGUCUUUGACCCUUUCAACUUGAAUGAAUUAUUAGAGGAAUUACCAAGGAAACAGAAAGAAGAAUUAUGGGAAAGGCUAAAGAAUUUAUUAACAGAUGUGCUGCUAGAGACCCCAGUGGAUCAGUGGCAGAGGCAUGAAAUGGAGUGUGAAGAUCAUAUGGAAAUAGAAAAUGGCCCAGACAUGAAACAAACCUUUAAAGUCAUUUAUGCAGUUACAUAUGUGAUUACUAUUUCUUUAUCUAUAAUAAAUCAAGAUGAAAACUACAAUGCUCUUCUAGAGUGUGCAAUCAUAUUAAAUAGUAUUAUAUAUGCCCUGCCUGAAUCUGAAAGUAAUCUGCAGAAUUCCAUACAUCAGCUAUGUAUGAUUUGGUGGGAGAAAGGCCUAGAAGCCAAAGAAGAUAUGGGAAAAACUGCUUUUAUGAUACUAUUAAAAAAGAGUCUUAAUACUAAAACAGGUGCAGACAUUUGUCGACUUUGGAACAUUCAUCCGGCCUUACUCUGCUUUGAUUAUGAUUUGGAGGAAAGUGAUGAAAUUAAGAAUAUGUUACUUCAGUGCUUUAUGAAUAUUAAUGGUAUCAAGACAGAAAAGGGAAGACGAUUUCUCAGCUUUCUAUUCAGCUGGAAUAUAAACUUCAUUAGAGUGAUCCAUGAGACCAUUAAAGAUCAAUUGCAUUUUUUACAAAAAUCUCUGAUGGUUCAUAUUGCUGAAAUUUAUUUCAGAGCUUGGAAGAAGGCUUCUGGAAAAAUGUUGGAGGUAAUUGAAGAGGGUUGUAUUCAAGAUUUCAUACAUCAUGGGAUUCAUCUUCCAAGGAAUUCUCCAGUGCAUUCCAAAGUACGAGAGGUGUUAAGUUAUUUUCACCAUCAAAAAAAAUUUCGUCAGGGCGUAGAAGAAAUGUUAUAUAGAUUGUAUAAGCCUAUUCUUUGGAGAGGAUUAAAGGCCAGAAAUCCUGAAGUUCGUUCAAAUGCAGCAUUGUUGUUUGUUGAUGCAUUUCCUAUAAGAGAUCCCAAUCUUAGUCUUGUAGAAAUGGACAAUGAAAUUCAAAAGCAGUUUGAAGAACUCUUUAGUCUUUUGGAAGAUCCAUAUCCUCUGGUCCGUUCAACGGGGAUUCUUGGAGUCAGUAAAAUUACUUCAAAAUACUGGGAAAUGAUGCCUCCAGGCAUACUUGCUGACCUUCUAAAGAAAGUAAUUGGAGACCUAGCUUUUGAUACAAGCUCAGCUGAUGUCCGAUGUUCUGUUUUUAAGUGUUUGCCAAUACUUUUGGACAAUAGGCUAAGCCACCCAUUACUAGAACAGCUUCUGCCAACUCUGAAAUACAGUCUCCAUGACAAUUCUGAAAAAGUGAGAGUGGCUUUUGUUGAUCUGUUGCUGAAAAUUAAAGCUGUCAGAGCUGCAAAGUUUUGGAAAAUUUGCAGUAUGGAACAUCUUCUGUCCCGUUUGGAAAUUGAUUCACGUCCCGUGUCUCGGCGUCUUGUACACCUUCUCUUUAAUUCUUUCUUUCCCGUUAAUCAACCAGAAGAUGUAUGGUGUGAACGUUGUGUCACAUUAAUACAGAUGAAUCCUGCUGCAGCCAGAAAGUUUUAUAAGUAUGCUCAUGAACACACUGCUGCCACCAACAUAGCAAAAUUAAUUCAUGUGGUUCGUCACUGCUUAACUGCCUGUAUCCAGAAGUCAGUAAUAGAGAAUCUGGAAGAAGAUGAAGGAAUGGAAAAAGAGAACAUAAGUGUGCUGGAGAAUACAUUGUCAAUAAGUGACAUACCUUCUAUGGCAGGUUUAUUGGAAGUCAUCGUAAUUCUAUGGGAAAGUAUUCAUAAAACUUUGGAACAUAAUGAAGAAGCUAAAGUUUAUACCAUCAACAAAUUUGCUUCUGUGCUUCCAGAGUACCUUAAGCACUUUACAGAUGAUCGUUGCAAGAUUCCAUUAUUUAUAUUGCUCUCUUUUAUGCCAGCCUCUGCAGUACCUCCAUUCAGCUGUGGUGUCAUCUCUACAUUGAGGAAUCAAGAAGAAGGACCUGUAGAAGAUAAAUAUUACACCCUAAUAGAUUGUCUUUGCUCCUGGGGACAAGUGGGACAUAUCUUUGAGCUUAUUUGUGAUUGGCUGCCAGAUGGAGAGUCCAAAAACAAAAGUACAUCAGCAACUAAACGUCGUGUACGAAUCCAGGAUUCACAUCAGGCAAAGCCUGAAUUAGCAUUAAAUUAUGUAGAGUACUUGUUGCUUCACAAUAAGAAUCGAGAUUUCCUGUUAUCUCUCCCUGAAAAGAGACUAAACAGUCUUUUGAAAGCACUUGAAACUUCAAAGAAAGAUAUUUUAUCAGUUAUACAGUCAUCUGAUGCAACAUGUCCUAACUUCAAUCAAGCAACUGCUGUACGAGCAUUUACUAUCUAUUGUCGAUUUUGUAUUCAUCUCCAUCACAAGUUUGGUUCAGAAGGAAAAAUUUAUCUAUCUUUUUUGGAAGAAACUGGAUUUUGGUUAGAAAAUCAGAUUCUACCUCUUAUUCGUGGACAAGAAGAAGCACAAUUGAAGUCUUGCAGUGAAAUUUACCAGAAAACUACUCAGGCCUAUGUUACAGUCUGUAAAGAUGCUAUAAUGGUUGGCUUUGGAGAUUCCAAGUUUUACAUGCAGCUUUUAAAAAUAACUGUUGGAAUUAUGCAAACAGAGAGAGGGUAUUUUUGCAUUCCAUCACUCCUUUGUAUUCUCAAAGAGAUGACAGCAACUUCUUUAAUUGAGAAACCUAAUUCAGAUGAAGAAAUUGAAACUUUUUUUGAUUUGAUUCAGAAAACAUUCCAGAAAAUGUUGGAAUGUGUUGCAUAUAGUUUCAAAAAACAACAAGAAGAAGGCCUACAGUUACUGUAUUCUAUUCAAGUACCUCUUCAUGAAUUUAUAAAUGCUGUCCAGUCUUGGCAUAUGAAUACAUCAGUACAUCAAGGAAUGCUUUCCACUCUUUUAGCUGCAGUAGUGGUUGAGAUAAGUCAUAAAUUACGAAAGAUUUCAGAUAAAGAAGAGUUUGCAGUACCCGAAUGCCUUUCUGAUCUUCCCCCAUUCUCAAGGUGCUUAAUGGGAAUCAUAAUGAAGUCUUCAAAUGUAGUCAGAUCAUUCUUAGAAGAACUGACGGCAUGUGUAGCUUCUGAAGAAAUUGAAGGCAUUGUUUGCCUCACAGCUGUUGUAUAUAUGAUUGUGAUUAUUAGUAAGGGUAAAUAUAAAGAUUCAAAGAUUAAGGAUGCUGCUGCUGCUGUUCAAAGAAUUCUGAACAGAUACAUGGAAAUUACCAUGGAAGAGGAUAGCAUUGAAAGAUCUCUUUACGAAUCUUCUAUUAGAACUUUGGAUGAACUUUUGAGGCAAUGACAGAGGAACCAUCUUCUUUCCAGUGUGUAAAAAAAAGAAGA